GCAUCUGCAUGACAAUAUGUCCAUUAAAAACACAAGCACGUAAUUUCUCAUUUAAAAAUACGGUAUUUAAAUGUCAUUGCCAACGUCCAGAAAACAAGUUGCAGUCUUUACGGUGCACCUCAACACAGCUGCUGGAGAACAACUGCAUUCAGCUUUAUCGACUGACAAAAGUGGAAGAGAACAAUUGUUUCACCUGUGAUUGUAUUCCGUGACAAUUGCGAGUGUUUCCGACCCUCCUUUCCACUCCUCUUUCUAUGGAGUCGUGGCCAAGUGUAAACAGAUCGCAGUUUCUUUUCAGCCCCUCAGCAGGUAGAACAUCACCACUGAUUCUGGAAGAAGCGUUUUACUUCGGCAUGGACAGGGAAAAUUCGGCGAGGAAUCCAAACUGCUUUGGCAAGGCUAUUUCUGAUGGAAAAAAGUCACGAGAUCCUAUGUGUUUGAAAAAUGUGCAGAACAUAAUUCCAAAUAAAAAUGGGCAGCAAAACGAAAUUGGACCUAAGAAAACCGACUUCUCAACAAUGUUUAGCCAUGACCUGUUACCCCAAAAAAAUGGAGAGGAAAACACCAAGCACUUUCUCAGUGAAGUGGUGGAAAUGCUUCUGAACUAUGUAUGUGCAUCAUUUGAUCGAAAAAAUAAAGUGCUGGACUUCCAUCAUCCACAUCAGCUCAAAGAAGGAAUUGAAGGGUUCAGCUUGGAUUUGUCUGAUGAACCUGAAAAUUUAGACCAGCUUCUUGUGGACUGCAGAGACACAUUGAAAUAUGGUGUGAAAACAGGUCACCCUCGAUUCUUUAACCAGCUAUCAACUGGUCUUGAUGUUGUUGGGCUAGCAGGUGAAUGGCUCACGGCAACUGCUAACACAAACAUGUUUACAUUUGAGAUUGCACCAGUUUUUAUUCUAAUGGAAGACAUCCUACUUAACAAAAUGUAUGAAAAAAUUGGAUGGAUAGCAAAUGAAGCAGAUGGCAUUUUUUCACCUGGUGGCACUAUCUCUAAUCUUUAUAGUGUCCUCAUUGCUCGUUACAAAAGAUUUCCUGAAGUCAAGACAAAAGGAAUGGCUUCACUUCCAACUCUUGUGCUGUUUACAUCUGAACAUAGCCAUUAUUCCAUCAAGAAGGUUGCAGCAAUACUUGGAAUCGGGACAGAAAAUGUCAUACUGGUGAAAUGCAAUGAGCGGGGAAAAAUGAUUCCAUCUGAUUUAAUGCUUAAAAUCCUGGAAGCAAAGGAAAAAGGAUGCAUUCCUUUGUAUGUCAAUGCCACUGCUGGGACUACAGUUUAUGGAGCGAUUGAUCCACUUACUGAAAUUGCAGAUAUCUGUGAAGAGCACCAGUUGUGGAUGCAUGUUGAUGCUGCCUGGGGAGGGGGACUUUUGAUGUCCCAGAAACACUCUGAAAAGCUUACUGGCAUUGAGAGAGCUAAAUCCGUUACAUGGAAUCCUCACAAAAUGCUGAGUGUUCCCCUACAGUGCUCUGCUAUACUUGUACGAGAAAAGGGUCUUCUUCAGGCUUGCAAUCAAAUGUGUGCUGGAUACCUGUUUCAACCUGACAAACACUAUGAAGUUUCCUAUGACACCGGAGACAAAACUAUUCAGUGUGGCCGACACGUUGACAUUUUUAAAUUCUGGUUAAUGUGGAAAGCUAAGGGUACGGUGGGGUUUGAAGAAAAAAUAAACAAACAUUUGGAAAAUGCUGAUUAUCUUUACAGCAUACUAAAAGACAGAAAUGAUUUUGAACUUGUAUUUGAAGGAAAACCAGAACUGAGCAACGUUUGCUUCUGGUACAUUCCACCAAGCCUGAAAGACUUACCAAAGAGUCAAGAAAGAAACAAGAGACUUAAUCAGGUUGCACCAAAAAUAAAAGCCAGGAUGAUGGAAGAAGGAACAAUAAUGAUUGGAUACCAGCCUUAUGGAGAUCUUGUCAAUUUCUUCAGGUGUGUCUUUUCAAAUCAAGCCACAAGGAGAUCAGAUAUCGACUUUCUUGUAGAUGAAAUUGUAAGGCUUGGGAGCGAUUUAUAAUUAUAAAAUAACAUUUUCAUUUUGAUGCUGAAAAUCAGACCAACAUUUUACAUGUAGUGUUAGUAACAUUUGAGAAAAAUGCAUUAUAAUGUACAUUUUAAAUUCAUUAGUUAAUUUUAUUAAUCCUGGAACAUUCCUUAAUAUAGACUACAAUUUAAAAAUAAUGAGAGAAUACACUACAAGUGAAAACAGCAGCAACAAAUUAAUAAGUAGGGUUUAUGAAAUAUCAAGUGUUAAAUGAAUUAUUUUCAAUUUGUUAAUAUCAAAUUGUAAACACUCAAGACAGAC